AUUUAUUUGUUUUGUUGGCGGUGAGAAGAGGGAAACUAGCCAGACGAAGAUGUCCCUCGAUAACUAAUGGCCUUUAUGGUCUCAAGUUGGCCUUUUGGGUUUCAGGCACCUUCCAAUUGGAUCCAUCGUCAUGUCGUCUACGGGUCGGAAAAUCACCCUGAAGAGCUCGGACGGCGACAACUUCGAGGUGGAUGAGGCGGUGGCUCUGGAAUCACAAACGAUUAAGCACAUGAUUGAGGACGAUUGCGCCGACAACGGCAUCCCUUUGCCCAACGUCACCAGUAAGAUCCUGUCUAAAGUAAUCGAGUACUGCAAGAAACACGUGGAAAUACCUAAAUCCGACGAUCGUUCAGCCUCCGUUGACGAUGAGCUUAAAUCUUGGGACGCUGAUUUCGUCAAGGUCGAUCAAGCCACCCUCUAUGAACUCAUCCUGGCUGCUAAUUAUUUGAACAUCAAGAACCUGUUGGACCUGACGUGUCAAACGGUGGCGGAUAUGAUAAAGGGCAAAACACCGGAGGAGGUCCGUAAGACAUUUAAUAUUAAGAAUGAUUUUACUCCGGAGGAAGAGGAAGAGGUUCGUCGGGAGAAUCAGUGGGCUUUUGAAUGAAGAAUCUCAUUUGAAUUGAACAUAGCUCAUGCCGAUUUCUCUUUUAUUUUAUUUUUCAUUGUGCUUGAGAACAUGGGGUUGUUGUUUCUGUCUGGUUUUACUUGCUUUAACUGUUAUGUGUUGUGGAACCGUUCAAAUGCUAAUAUAUGUUGUCCUUUAUUA